GUUGCGCCGAACGCUCCACAGCGACCAGAGAGUGCAGAGCGCCUGCCUCAAACGAGCAAGAAAUCAUUGUUUUAUUAAAGACUUCCUAGAUUGCCUAUUAAAGCAUGUAGACUGAUUUUCAUGCAAAGGGAGCGGGUCGGUUUUGCCGGGAAAAUCUAAAGGAUGUGACAUUUAUGCGUGCUCCGGAGAGCCUUGACUCAGUGCUUCUCUUCCGCUAUUCAACAACGACAACAUUCUGCAACACUAGGUAAUGUUAUCUUAGAGAUGGAAUCCAGCAAACAUCUGACUCCCAGCACAACACCGACUCCUACACAAACUCAGAGUAAGCCAAAAAAAAAAAAAAAAUGUAUCUACUGAAUCCCGUCUGGCUAAGCGGGAACUUGAUCGUGGUCGAGCGAAAACUAGAGUGAACAUCGGCAGGACUUUUGAUUCCUGGAGGGACCAUCGUUUGGUUUUGGGGAUCAAAACUGACCCUGAAUUGGUGUUCUUCUUAUUGGACAGGCACUUCAAAACGGGAUGCACUCAACUGUGCUCUGUAUAGCUGCACAAUAGGAAGGUUGUGGGACACUGGCAGAAAGUCUGCCCUUUCACUUCUUUGUAAGGAACCCAACACCUACCAAACACAAUGGAAGUGGAGGAUCUGUUAGCGGUCAAGUUCAAGACUCUGGUUGAAGGACUCAUGAUGAAGACAACCUCAGAGAUAGUUAAAAUGUUCAGCAAAGUGCUGCUGAACACCAGAGUGGAGAUCACCCGGAGCUGGAAGGAAAUCAGCUCGCUGAAGCAGCAGUUGGAGCAGUGUGAGCUGCAGAAGGCAGAGGCCAUCUUCAGGGCCCAGAGGUUGUCUGAAUUAAAAGGAGAAGAUUGCGAGGUGGAAGUAUCAAGUAUGGUUUCUCAGCUUGACACUUCCAACAUGGACACUGUCUGGCCAGAUGCCGAGGGGUCUGAAGAUGGAGCUGGGAAUGCCUCAGUGGGGAACAGAGGUGUCAGUCAGAAGAAUGCUAAAGCCAAUGGGCCAGAGAUGGCUCAGUCAAGUAAUAGAGGUGCAUCUGGCCGUGAGACCCAGAAAACCUCUGUAACUACUGCUGCAGUAGAAAACAGCCCAAAGCAAGUGCCAUCAAUGAAAGGGAGACGAGGUUCAAAGUUUCGCUUUCCAUCACAGCCCACGUCUAGAAUCACCGCCAAUGGACCAUCUACAAGUAUAGGCACAUUAACAAUUAACCCCAAAUCAGAGGAGAUUAAGACUGUGGUGAAAAAAAGAAAAUAUAACAAAAAGAAGCAUGUUAAUAGUACUUCUCACGCUCUUCGAGAUAGACAGCGGCUCAACGUACAGAGACGUUGCCUGUGUUGUUCAUCAGACGAGUGCUAUCUUCAGUCAAGCCCCUCCAGAGCACAUCACCCUAGUGUGUAUGUCUGUCGUAAAUGUGAAAAAAGGUUUAAAACACAUCUCCUGUUCAAGACUCACAAGUGCUCAAUGCCUCAGAGUUGUUACCGGUGUGGGCAGAUGUUCACUACUCUGCAGGGGCUGGCAGCACACAAUCGGGAAGUCAGCCCAUCGAGCAGAUCUCUGUUCAGGUGUAAUCAGUGCGAGCAAAUGUUUGUCACUCAGUGCGCUUGGAGCUUGCACAAAAGAAUCCACACCAGUGGCAUGCCUGCACAGUAUGUUCAUUCCCAAACCUUUAGUGUGCCCAAGGAAUUUAAGUUAGAGGUUUGUCUUGAGAGAAUUUCUGACUCUCAGAUCAAAGCGGCCUUAUCCACCAAAAAAUAUUCCUGGAUAGAAAACCCAACCAGUCAUACAUCUUCAAAAAAGACACUUUUGAGUGAACCGCAAAAUUUGACUGCGACCAGUUACAGUGAAGAAUCUACAUCGGUGAACAUGCUUGAGACCAACAAGACACAAGUAUCACCCCCCAGUGUGGCCCAAACUGUGGCAGAAAGCCUGAACUCAAGAUCAGGAACUUUUUCAGAUUCCAGUGUUGAACAGUCAAAUGUCAGGAAAGUAUAUGCAGUAAUGGCAAGUUCCUCUUGCCAAAUUCAGUUUAAUGAAGAUGCAAAUGGCUUGAUGUCACCAAUUGUACAUGGAUCUGAUAAAGUAACAGAUGAUGGAAAACAUUCCAGUGAAAGUGAUGAGUCAGGGCUCUGUUCUCCUUCAAGAAAACGCAAAAUGGCUGAUUGUUCUCAUGAUGCAUAUGAUGGUAUAUUUCCUGUUGAAAAAAUUCUGAGAUGGAGAAACAAUAAGGGAAGAAAUGAAGUUCGAGUCAAGUGGAUGCCAUGCUCGUUGUGUGGGGCAAAAUUUCAGAACACAUGGGAGCCAGCAGAGAGCUUUCCAGGUUAUUUGGAUGACAAGAAUGAAGAGCCAUAGACAUAUGAAAAUGAACAAAUGAUAUAUAAUGUUGACAGUGUUUUUAUGAAUUCCUGUGUUUACACUAUAAGAAUGUAUUCUUUGCAUUGCAGUUAAUUUAACAUGUUCUCACCGAACAAGUAAUUUCUGCCACAGUAUAUUUUGUUACAACAGGUUCCGUUGUUGUACCAUUCCUGGCCAAUGACAGCUGUGUUUAGUUAAAUAGGUGGUGUUUAAUAUAAGACAUGAUCUCAAGUGCCUGAGAUUGAAAGCUUGUUUUAUAGCUUGUCAUAUUAUGGCCAUCCAACAAUUUAGUUCAUGAAUUUAGAUGUAUUUGACUGUGUUCUCUUAAUAUUCAUCUCUCUGUAAUCCCUUUUUGUAAUUGUAGCUUUCAAAUAGUAUUUUAAAUGUUGCGCAGUGUUUUAGAUGUUUAUGCUAAACCUUAUUUUGAUGGAUUUUUUAACUCUACCAAGCAAUUUGAUUUGUGGGUUAAUUUACUACACUACCAAUAAUAGUUAUAAGCUCAACCCAGUUAAUGACAGUGGCCUGCUCUCAACUUGUAUAUUAGUCUACUUACAGCUGAUGUGAAGCAUGAUAUUAUUGCAUUUGUUGCAGGCUGGUGAAAUAAUAAAGAGGUACAUGUAUUGAAAUACCCACAAACCUGAAUAAAUAAUUUUCAAACCUGCAAUGCUCUGAAAUUUCAAUCUCACUGAAAAUCUCACAUCAUGAAGACUCUGGAGUGGCUGUUCUUAGCACAUCUGAGACCCCUUGUUGGUUCAUCACUGGAGGCCCCUUCAGCUUGCCUACCAUAU